AUGGAAGACCCGCACGAGUCUACACCUACGCCAAACGACCAAGAGAUUAUUGACCAACGCGACAGUGGCAUAGAAAUCGAUGUCCCCAUUACCGACGAUGAACAACCUUCUCGCGAUGCCUUCGAUCCCGGCGGGUCCCAGUUACUCAGCAACAUUCAGCGCUUCUCCAUUGCCAGUUCAAAACUCGGCAACAAGUUCUUGUUUCAAACGACGCAACGGAGUAAUGAGAUGGCGAAAUACCUAGACAAAUUGAGACACACUGAAGAGUCUAUUCUGCAAAUUGCGGAGAGGUUCUUAGGACAACGUGAGGAGAAUCUGCGAAAUACCGGGCCCAAGGUCUUGCAAGACCUAAAGGCACAAUUGGCCACCGAUCGCGCUACGCUGCGGGAUCAAUCACAGGUUGUCUUGAAUGUGCACGCAAGUACUGGCACUACCCAGUACAGGCUUCUUGCUGUACAGUCAAAGCUCAGGAAUGCUUUGGCCAAGCACAACAAGUCCUUGCCAGGCGGGACGGCAGUGUUCGCGGAAAUGAACAAUGAGUUCAACGCAGAACUGCUGACUCCAUCUGAAGUAACGGACGACCUACCCCAGCAAGCACAGUCUUAUUUUGAUGCUGUCGGUUCCAUCGCCGUGUUACAAGAGCGUCUUCUCGAGCUUGACGACGAGCAUGCAGAGGCACGGACUGGACGAGACCUUGCCGUGGACCAAGAACGGGAGCUCAGCACGUCUGACUCUGUGUUCGAAAAUCUGUACCACAAUUCUCGCUCUGAGCUCAUUCGCAGUCUUCAAGACCGCAUGAUGACUGCCGAUCAGGCGAAGCAAGCCUGCGAUGACCAGGGCAUCGAUUUGGACAGCUUGCGACAUCGACAACCCACUGAAACUUCGCAGGCAGAUGAUGACGCUUCUGACGGGCAUGCACAAUCUCUAUGGCUCGAUCGACCAGACACCAUGGAUUUCGCCAUGCCCCAGGUCGAUGAGAUUUUUCUCACCGCCAGCGGGGUGGAUGUGAAACAAGGAGAUGUCACGGUUACUGAUGGCCAAGGCAACGGUAGACCAAACUCUGAGCGCAUAGAGUCUUGGCUCUCGCGCGCCGUAGAUGGAGAAGCGGUCGCCGAAGGACACCUCGUAGAGCUUGCGGAGGCUCAUGGCAGGAUUUGGCUUGGAGACACCCGCCAUCCUGAUCACGAGAAUGCAGCGGGCGGUGACUUCGACCAGAAUGACAGCAUGGCUGUUCCAAGGUCGGCUUUCAAUCGCCGCAAAGCUGUGCGCGCGUUCCAUCGAGCUUCACAUCGGCGUUGUUCGGUCUCCGCAAUUGACGCCUGA